UGCAUUUAUGUAAAGAAUACCGUUAUCACUAGAUGUUGAUAAGAUCUAAGACAUUCUGAAUAAUCCUUUCGAUGUGUAGUACUUGCGUUAUAAUGUCGUGAAAUGAUCUAGUAGUCUACCCGCGUUUAUUAUAAACACUCCGGGUUUGUUUGGGUUUUUUUUCUCCUCUGAUCGGAUUGCUGUUUUCCGGCUGUUGUUUAAAGCCUACAAACAUCCAAAAAUGUGGACCAGAGGUGAUUUUGAACAUGGAUACGAACCUUCUAAAACAGGCACCAGCAGUGGUAGCUCUCCAGGAUGGGUCCCUGGCCAUGAGUCAGCCUGGCUCAGCAACCCUCCCGGCCCUGAGAGCAGGAUCGGUGUGCGCCGUCACAGCACAGUUUCUGACAGUGGUGACACCGGCAUCGGCACUUACUGCUCUGAUAGUGUGGAAGACGACUCCAGUUCCAGUACCACACCUUCAUCUUUCCAUCCACUGUCCCAGCAUCACUUGGGCCAAGAUGAGGGGUUCGGCAGUGGUAUUCCCAUCGUCCACGUCAUGCCAUCUCCCUCCGCUUUACCCCACAGCAGCCACAAAAUGCCAGCCUCACCCAGCAGCACAGGUCGCUGGAGCAGGUCUUGCCAAUUACUUACGCCAACCAAGUCUCCCCAUUAUACACCAACCAGUCUGGACAUGAAGGACCACCAGCACCAGCCCAUCCGUAGGUGGUCCUCUCUCACCAAGUUGUCAUCUGGGGCUGAUAAGAGCUCCACUAGGACAUCGGCCUAUCAGUACAACCCAAAUUCACAAGGCUCCCUGGACAGAGGUGUGCUAUACGGCUACAGAAAGGAACCCCGUGGUUCAAACACAAACACGGGUCUUUAUUUACCUUUAUCGUCCUCCAUGCUCAGCCAUACUUUGCUGCAGCGCUCACCAGGUGCCGGUCCCUGCUACUGGAACAAUCACAGCAUUAGAUCACCUGGUUUGGAAACAGACCUAUCCCUGUCUUCCACUCUGUCCUCACCUGUAAAACACAACAGUCUGAACAUGAGCUACAGUGCUUUACCAGAGACCAAACUGCCUUGGGGAAGUCUCAGCUUACCCAAGCAAGCAGAUUCAACGCUGGGUCAUCAGACCGAUAGAGACUCCCCGAUUCAGUCCGCGGUCCGCACCCAGAUGUGGCUCACGGAGCAAAUGGAGUACAGCCCCAAAGUAGAACGCGGAGGGGAACUCGGUCAGAUCAGCGACACUGAGACUAAGGUCUGUGGUGGAGAUGGACUGUUGCCACGGCAGCAGCAGGGACAUCAGCGGGAACCAGGAAUGAAUCCGAUGCUGAUGGGGACUUCCCUUCCUGUCAACACUCUGGUGAAAGUUAAAGAGGGACUGCUGAGACAGAGAGAACUGGAGAUAGAUAGACAAAAGCAGCAGAUCCUGCAGCUCCAUGUCCGGAUCAGAGAGAACGAGCUCAGAGCGCAGCAGGUCCUGCAGAGCCAGAGAGGCUGGUUUGAUGAGCCACACAUCCUCAAUACAAAGGAGUCAGCGAUGGGAAUGCCAUGCAAACAGCCAUCUGAUAGGCUGUUCUGUGAUGAAGACCUUGUUAGGAAGCUGGCACUGGCCGAACUGGAAGUACUCCAUUUGAACGAGUUCUUAAAGCAAGUCACACAAAAGUAUACAGAGGACAUCAGAAAACUGGAGGAAAAGAUAAAGACGAGGGAUCGCUACAUCAGCAGUCUGAAGAAGAAGUUCCAGAGACAGAACGAACAGAGCCAAGAAAAACAGAGACGCAUAGAGACACUGGAGAAGUACCUCGCAGACCUACCGACGCUGGACGAGGUGCAGACCCAGGCCCAACAGCUGGAAGAGGUACAGCAGAAAGCGAAGGAGCUGGUGAAGACGGUGUCCCAGUUAGAGGAGAGCAUAGAGGAAGGAUGCACCGUGAUGAAGGAAAAAGACGUCAAGAUUGAGAUGAAGGCCAAGAGAGAGAAAGAGCUGAUCGCAUCUGUACACAGCCUGCAGCAGAAGGUUCAGCAGUGUUUAGGCGAUGGAGUGAGGUUACCCAUGCUGGACCUGAAGCAGCUCGAGGCAGAAAACACUCAUCUGCUGGAGCACCACGACCACAGCAGCAGGCUGAUUGAAAACCAGAAAGAACAGAUUGAGCGACUGACUUCACAGCUAACGCAGCGACAGGUGGAAGAAAGGUUGUUGCUGCAUUGUCUUCCCCAUGUGGAGAUGCCAGAAGUGGACCGGCUGGUGAAAGAGAUGUCCCUGUGUCUCCUGGACCUCCAGGGUCUCUGCAGCAUCCUGGCCCAAAGAGCACAAGGAAAGGAGCUCAACCUGUCUCUGCUUCUGGGAAUGACAUCGCUCAGUGUUUCUGCAGAGGAGAGCGACUCCAGGGACGUGGUGGAGGAAGAGCUGAAGUUCAAGCUGCUAGAAGUGGGUCAGCUGAGGAGAGACAUCGAUGAGCUGAGGAAAAGCAUCUCAGACCGCUACGCUCAUUACAUGGGUGACAGCUGUGUCUCCCACUGACACCCCUCCCCCCUUCCCCCCCCCUCCCCAUCCUCCAGUUCUGAUAGCAAGGCUCUAACAUAGUGCGUGUUUUAACUCUUUUACUUCUUAAUACAUUUCAUUCAUAACCACAUAAAGGAUAUUCAUUAUUAAGAGUUCUAAGGUUCAGACCAAUGCAGGCUUUUCACCAUACAAGCUAUAAUAUUGAGUAACACAUUAACAUUUAUCAUUAUUAUGUUAGUGUGUCGUGUGGACCAAUCAUGUUGAUCAGCCUGACCUCAUAUGGAGUGCUUGUCCUUCACAUUGGUUGUGGAUUGAGUCGGACAGCGACAGAGCUCUCCUCAAAGUAAGCUGCAUUACACAGACUUAAGACCUGUGUUCUGGAUCUCAUCUGAAUGUCAUCUGGAUCUCAUCUGGAUCUCCUGGAUAAUGGUCUUGGAUCUGGCAAAAAAAAAAGUUUAAUCUGCCACAAUCAAAACUAAAAAGUUUUCGAAGAGACAUGAGGCAUUAAUCCAGCCACGACAAGUUGUCUAAACCCCAAGAGCUGAAUUUACUACUGACUAAAACCAACUUCCAGCUGCACUAAUCAAUAUUUUUAUAUUAACAAUUGAUUGAAUGACUGUGUAAUGUGAAAGCUGUUACUUAUAGGGAUGAACCUAUAGAGACGGUGCAGCAUAGCUCAGCUCUACAGAGCAGUUUAUCUGCUGAAAGUAGAAACUUUUUGCUUACAUGUUCAUAACACAUUUAUAAAGUGAUAAUAUGUUAAUAUUGUACUUAAGGCUUGUUGUACAGUCCCUGUAUGACCCAAAUAUCAAUUAUUUAGUAGUUUAAAUGAAUACUAUAGGCUUGCUUAUAAGCCUUAAUAAGCAGACAAGCACAUUGACAUACUGAGAUGUGUAAGGAACAUGUUAAGACUAGAGAUUCAUAUUCACCUGCAGAACUCCAGCCUCUGCUAUGUGGAUCCAAUGCAGCUCUCUUUCCAUAAUUCCAUGCAGGAUACUGAACUGUAGAUGUCAGUUACCCGUUUGAAAGUCUUAUAUCUGUGAGUUAAAAUGUCUUAUUAAGCAACAUCAGCUGUUAACCACCUAAAGUGUAGGACUAAUUAAAGGACAUAUACAGUCACUGGUCGCUUCAUUAGGUACACCUGUACAAUCUAAUGCAAUCCAAUACAACAGCUCUGCUUUAAAUUCUACAUUUAU